AUGGGCGAGCUCAGCAAGAGUCUGGCCCCGGUUCCGAAUCUCGGCAAUGCGCAUGAGGAACAGAGAGACGGGUUCUGGUCAUCGAACCCAAUGUUCACCUUUGUCAACAACGUCGCCAGGUCCAUUCAGCAACACAGACAAUCUUUGGACCUGAUCAACCCAGGAACAAUGGAGAACAUCAACAAGGAGGUUGCCAAGGAUGUGUUUUUGAACCAGAUGCAAUUCAGCGGACUGAGGGCCGACAUCAGCAAGACUUUCGCCAUGAACCCCAUUUUCCAGGUCUCGCAUGGUCUCUCGAUCGGCGGCCAGCUCCCAGCAUAUUCUUUCACGGCUAUGGUCGGUAAUGAGAAGACUUUCUUCCAGGGUACCAUUGACAACGAGUUCUCUCUGACAGGAAGAUUCAACCACAGCUGGGACAAGCACAGCACCUCGAAGCUGACUUUCCAGCUGGCCCAUGGUCAGCAGCCAAUGUGCCAGAUCGAGCACGACUACCAGGCCAACGACUUCUCUUUGAACUUCAAGACCCUCAAUCCUAACUUUUUGGACGACUCGUACAAAGGUGUGAUGGUGGGCUCCAUCUUGCAGAGCAUCACUCCAAAGCUGUCGCUCGGUAUGGAAUCGGUCUACUCCUCGCUCCAGCCAGGCGUUCCAGGUGACGCGGCUCUGUCGUUUGUCGGAAGAUACAACGCUGGCGACUGGAUUGCUUCUGCUCAGUUGCAGGCCCAAGGUGCUUUGGUGGCCUCUUUUUGGAGAAAGGUUGCCAAAAACGUCGAGGCCGGUAUCGAAACCACUGUGCAAGCAGGCAUGCAGCCAACUCUGAACGAGCUGAUGCAGCCGGUUUACCAGACCGUCGUCGACGCUAACACCACCCUUGGUGCCAAAUACGAGUUCAGACAGUCCAUCUACAGGGGCCAAGUGGACUCCAAGGGCCAGGUUUCGUUCAUGCUCGAACACAGAGUCUUGCCAACGGUCGGACUGCUGUUCAGCGCCACCAUCGACCAGAUCAAGAACACAGCCAACAUCGGCUGCGGUCUGUCCCUGGAGUUUGCUGGCUCUGAAGAAGUGAUGAUGAUGCAAAACGGGAUGAUGGAUGCCAAUGGAAACCCAAUCGAAGGUGCCCAGCUGGCAUAA